GAGUACCACAACGUUUUCCCAUCGUCGUUCUCGAAUGCCGGUAUCCCACUGAUGCGCGACGUCGAGCACUCCAUCUAGCUUAUGCCUGACUAUCAUGUUCACCGCCAGGCACCCUACAGACUCUCGAUCCCCGAGGCCACCGAACUCAAGCGUCAGCUUAAGGAGUUCCUGAGACUGGGUUUCAUUAAACCCAACAACUCCCCGUGGGGUGCACCCGUCCUCUUUGCUCGCAAAGCGGAUGGAACUCUCCGUCUCUGCAUCGACUAUCUCGAUCUCAACCGCUGCACGGUUAAGCACAACGUGGAUGGAACUCUCCGUCUCUGCCUCGACUAUCGCGGUCUCAACCCCAUGCCUCGUUUCGACGAGCUAUUCGACCGCCUAGCAGGCAACCGCUUAUUUACGAAGAUUGAUCUUCGUAGCGGUUACCAUCAGAUCCACGUCGCUGCAGCGGACCAGCCGAAGACGACGUUCCGAUCGCGCUUCGGCCACUAUGAGUUUACGGUGAUGCCAUUCGGCCUCACCAACGCACCCGCUACCUUCCAGAGGGCGAUGAACGACAUCUUCAGGGACAUCCUGGAGCAGUACGAUCUCGUCUACCUCGACGAUAUCCUGGUCUACAGCCGUACUCUUGAGGAGCAUCUCAGACACCUCCGCGACGUCCUUGACCGCUUGCGCAGACAUGGCUUAUACGCCAAACUGAGCAAAUAUGCCUUAUCCCGGCGCCCUGACCAUGAUCUGGAGCAGAUCCAACUCGCUGCUAUUUCGGUCACCACCGUCCACCACUCGGUGAUCAAUGAGUUUCGCACUCAGUACCGCCACUGCCCCGACUAUCGCGACAUCCAUGCGACCCUUCGGAGUGGCAAGACCGUCCUGAACUACUCUCUCGGGGACAACGGUCUUGUGUACUGGCACGGUUCACAGGACAGCAGAGAGCCGCGUAUUUGCGUUCCCUCCACUGGACAGCUACGUGUCCGGGCAGUAGCAGAGUUCCAUGACCAGGCAGCCGCCGAUCAUAUGGGCUUCCACAAGAUGUUGGCUCGUGUGAGCCGCCUGUACGUCUGGCUGAAGUGCAAGGACUUUGUAAAGGACUACGUCGCAGAGUGUCCCACCAAUCAGGAGGUGAACAGUGCAAACCACCUGCCUUGUGGUUUGCUCCAGCCUCUUCCUAUUCCUGAGGGCCGUUGGCAGUCCAUCUCGAUGGACUUUAUUGGUCCUCUUCUACCUCCGACCCCCCGCGGUCAUGAUGCUAUCCUGGUCAUCGUCGACCGCUUCACGAAGCAUGCACGCUUUGUUCCGUGCCGCUAUGCCAUCAGUGCACGUGAGGUCGCCGACACCGUGUUUGACCGAGUCGUGAGUGACCACGACUUACCUCUAAGCAUCAUAUCUGACCGUGACCUGCGCUUUACCAGCCGAUUUUGGCGACUGCUCCACGAGGUAUACGACACCCAGCUCCGCUUCUCCUCGUCCUACCAUUCUCAGACUGAUGGUCAGACCGAGGUCACGAACAGGACUCUCAUAGAUAUUUUCCGAAAGAUCGUUCGUGACGACCAGCAGUGGGAUCUCCAUCUUGCCCACGCGAAGAUAGCCUACAACCAUGCCGUCUCGCCAGCCACGGGGAUGUCGCCUUACCAUUGCGACCUCGGCUAUCACCCUCGUGUUCCCGCAGACUUCCUUCGACCGUCACAGAUGCACCCCGACACGAGUUGUCCCGCGUUGGAUGAUUGGGUUGCACACAUGACGUUGAUCAUGAAGACUGCACAUGAGCAUAUAGCCGCUUCCCAGACUCGCAUGGCAGCACGUGCGAACCGAUCGAGGAUGGAUCAUCCAUUCAAAGUCGAUGAUGAUAUGCUUAUCGACGCACGCCACUUACAGCUCGAAGCGGAGACGCUUCGCAAGUUUCGGUGUCGCUUCUUUGGCCCAUGCCGCAUUCUCCAGGCCGUCGGUUCUGAUACGACUUGUAGCCCGAUCAGCUUCCGUGUGAAGUUGUCCGACUACCUACGCCAGGCUCGUGCGCACAAUGUCUACCACGUCUCAUUACUGCGUCCCUACCGGAGACCGUCUGAGCGUUUCACUGGACGACCAUACGAGCGCCCUCCACCUAUCACGACCACGAUGAGUUCCUCGUUUCAGACAUCAUUGGUCGUCGAGUUAUCGGCGACAACCCUCCCCAUGUCGAGUAUCUCCCGCAUGAAUCAGCAGCCAGGUGAGACUACCGAGGCCUAUGAGACCCGCAUGCUAGACAUGCUAGCAGAGUUCAAGCAACGGGCAGCUGCGACAAGAUCUGCACAUAAGGAGGAAGAUGAGGAAGCAGAGGAACAGCGUCGCCUCGCUGAACAACAACAACAAGAGGACGCUGAGGCAGCAAGGAAGGCCGCAGACGAACGGCGAGACAAAAUCCUCGAAUGCAAGGGGGACAUCGAGGUGAUCGCCGACGAAUGGGCAAUGGCUGCUGAAGAGGAGGGUGGCCCCCCUGCUGUGCGUGGCCUUGCAACCACAAUCGAACAUGUGAGCGACUUGGUCGCGGCCUGUGAAGCACAGCAAGAGGACAUCCUCUGCGUGGACACCUUGGUCCGGAAGCAGGCUCGACUUAUCGACGAACUGCUUGACCAGAUGAGUGAUACCUCAUCCUCUGAGACCCAUGCAGACAAUGUGCACGGCAACCAGAAGUUGUCCCUUCACAAUUACGCCAAUGGAUUUCAGAUGUACCGAGCUGCGAAAUCCACUGACUGGGAGGUGGUAGAAGGUGCCAAGGCUUUGUUGCAGAUAGCAGUCAGGAAGACAUUAUGGGCUUCUCCAAGCCAGGAUGGUGCUGGAAUUGAGAGACACUGCAGUGAGCAAGAGGAGUUUGAGAUGCGCACCCCACCAAAGAGGAAAAGAAGAUCAUUGACGGGGUAUACCAGGAAGUUCGGAGCUGGUGAUAGGGAGGAGUUCGAACCCAGGAAAGGACAACAACAGACAGCAAAUGUGAAUAGAGAUUGUAAUGAUGUAAAUAAUUGUAAUCACAUGUGCAGGGAAGGAGAGGACGCCAUAGAGACGGAGAUUGGUAUGGGCAAGGGCGUUCAAGUAGGGUGGGGUGUUACUUCAGUGCAUGUCAAGCGGCAGGAAAGUUGGGGUAACACCAAAAUUGAUAGAAGCGAGCGAAAGAAAGAGGCAGAGGAUGGGGAGGGGGAGGAAGAGGUGGAAAUGAAUAGGGAAGGAAUUGUGAGGCCAAUUAUGAGCGGAUGUACAGGUUGUCACGUUGAUGAGUCAACAGCUCCAGAUUCCGACAGGGGCGUCCAUGGUAUCAGAAUCAGCGGAAGUCAAGGCUUGGUACAAGGGGAAGGGGAUUGGGAAAAGGAUGUGAAAGACAUGGGAAUAUGCAAGCGGGAGGUAAUAGAGGAAGAAGAAGAGGAGAAGGAUGAAGAGGAGAUCAGAGGAUAUGCAAGCGAUCUGGAUAUGAAGAGCGAAGGUGAGGUAAAUGAUUGUGAUGUGCUAAAGUGUGGGCAUGAGACAGAAGAAGCAGGAUAUUAUGGAGAUUGGGAGAGAGAGGACAACAACUUGCAGGGUCUGGACCAUGGCAGAAUGAAGAACGGGAACUGUCUGAGAACCCUGCACAGGGAUCUGUCCACAGUAGCUGGUGAUGACUGGAAAUGCUCAGGGAAUCCAUUGAUAAAAAAUGAUUAUAACGUGCAACAGGAUGUUAGUGGACAGGUGACAUGGGCUUCUGCAGCAAAAGAUGGUGAAUGCUGCAGCCAGCUGGCAGGGAACACUGCAUCGAGGACAGGAGGGAGUGAAAGAGCAGAUGAGCUUUGCGAGAAUAGUGAGGUUUCAGUGGACAUAAGGCAGGAGGUAGAGAUCUCCGGGCGCUCAGGGGCAGAAAAUGAGGUCAAGAGUUGUUCCCCUGCUAACUUGGGCAAAGGAGGAGAGUCAGUGGAUCUGAGUAACAAGCAUCAUAGUCAUUGGUUGCCAAUUGAACAUGACUUUUUGGAUCGUUUCUCUCACAGGUCAGGUGGGGUUGUGAAAAAAGGAAGGAAAAUAAUGCUGAAGCAGGAGAUGGAUGAGACUGGUGAUGACAAAGAAAAAGACGACUGUGAUGCCACACUUCGGCGUCUGUGGCUGGGAGAGAAGGGAGAGAGUUACUCCUGGGAGGGUGGGAGCAUGCGAUGGGAAAAUGGCCGUAGUGAGAAUGGAAGUCAACUGAGGGAUUGGGUGAUCGAGGGGAAUGGUGCAAUAAAUGUCCUUGCAGAAGAAGAGCGAGACAAAGAUGGGGUCUUCAGUGUCAGGGGGCAGCAUAAGCCAUGUGGGACCCUGAAAUGGGUGGACAAAGGGAAAGAGAAAUGGACUAUGCAAGUUGAGGAGAGGAAGAAUCUAGGUGCGGCAUGUCAUUGGGAGCACGAAGGAAAGAUCAGUGGAGAUCGCCUAUCGGGGGUGGACGAUGGAGAAAUGUGCGGGCCUGAUAAGUCAGAGGAUGGUGUGAAUAUGGAUGUUUCAGCAAGUGCAAGGGGAGAAGGGGCAGGAGAAGGUCGAGGAAUUAUCAUUAACAGUAUUGACGCUGCGGCAGACAGAGAGGAAAGACAAGGGGCUGACUCGGCAAAGGAAAGACGAGUCAAGAGGAAGCGAUCACAGAUUGCAUUGUCAACAAUGAUGUCAACAACACGAUCUGGGACCAUCAUGGGUGGAUUGAUCAGAUCUAAGACUGGGUCAGAUACUUGUCCAAGCAUUGGGAAAACCACCAGUAGGGGCCCUCAAGACGAAAACGUGAUGCUGGCUGCAGCGGUUGCCCCUCCAGGAUCUGGAAGUCAAAGUCCCAGUUUUGGUGCCACAGUGGAUGAUUGUCCCUGUUCCGUGAACACCAUUCCGAGAUUCUUGGAUGCUGUGAACGGUGUGGAAUGCUUGCAUAUGAACAAUAUUUUUGACAUUCAGGCGAUGACCAGGACCUCCCCCUCCACGACUCCCAGGAGAAAACCAAAAGUUCCUCCUCGAGCAAGUGGGGCUGUCCUUUGUUGCUCUCCAAAUGGCAUAAGGAUGCCGAUAUCCCCAGAAAUGGUCACGACAACACCUCAGCCGCCCAUGAAUGCGGCAAAUGUCAGUCUGGCAAUCUCACCAUGCAAAUUAGCCAAAGCUGCAACCGCCUCUGGUCCAUCCAGCUCCAGCAUAACAACUGGCAAAGGUGAAGAUACUGCUGCUCGUGUGGACGAAAGCUCACCGGCUUCAGCUGCUGCAGUUAGUGCAGCGUCUCCAAACAUUGCUGAUGAUGUGCAGCGCACUGAUCGAUCGUUCAAGAAAAGGCUUCCGAGAGAGGUGCCCAAUUCAUGCAGAGGAGGAUCUGGCUGUGGUGUAAAUAGUGCCAAGAGAGUUCAGGCUCAUGUUGUGGACCCUUGCUGGUCACCACCCACCUCUCCUUUUGGGCUUAUCCAAGAAAAACUGCACAAGGAUCCCUGGAAGCUUCUCGUGGCAUGCAUGCUGCUGAACAAGACAGCUGGGCAUCAGAUGCAGCGUGUGAUAUGGGAACUAUUUGAGCUUAUACCAAAUCCCGCAGAGGCUGUUUCGGCAUCAACAGAAGCUAUAGCAGAGGUCAUCCAUUCGUUAGGUCUUCAGAACAAGCGAGCAAAGAUGAUCCAAAGGUUCUCUAAGGAGUACUUGCGUGAUGACUGGACGGAAGUUACACAACUUCAUGGAAUUGGCAAGUGAGUAUGCAGCCAGUAAGUUGGCAGUGACAAGAUCUAUACAUGCCCAUUCCUUUGUGUUGUCCAAGUCCAGUUGACGCCUUCUUUUGUCUAAUGUUAUGCUCCUUAGGUCUCCCCAUGUUCUCCCCCUUCAGAAAACAAUAUUCCCAUAUUUCUCAUCACUUGCAUUGUGACAGAAGUCGCACAAUGUCAUGGAACUUCCAGGCGAGUCUGCAUUGAGUGACCAGAUUUAUACAUCCCCCAUUACUUGUCGUCAUUCACAUCUGAUCUCAGGUGAUGUUUUUUUAUGUCCUAUUCACUCUUAUGCAAGGAAGAUGAGCAAUAGCGAAUUUCAGCAAUCAAACAGCAUCAUACAUACGAGUCCAGAUAGUCGUGACCUCGAACCAACAGCAGAAUUGCACCACGAG